GCAAAGGAGGCGCAUGAGACGGCACUGGCGCAGUUCGGUCGCCUAGUGGGCGGCGCUUCGGGACCAAAGGUCCCACUGGCUUAUCUCCUUCAUCAGGAUCUGGUCGAGGAUUUGCACCAGCUGCAGGAGUCGGUGGAGGUACGUUUUGACCAAUUGCUGCGUAUGACUGGCCGGGAUUGGUCAUCCACUCAGCCGGUUUCAAAUUCUCCAACUUCUCUUGAUGCACUCGAAGACGAGUUCGGAUUGGCCAUGGAUGCCCUGCGGUUGUCGUACUAA